CCAUCUUGAAAACACGCCAGCCACCGCUGGUGCCGAUGCCGAUCAGUAGGUGUACGGUGGAUCACACCGCCUCUCGCUCCAGCCGCAGCACCACACCCCGGCGGCGAACCGACACCUGAUCUAGUAGUGGACUUGUGGAUGGGACAGGGUCGAUAUCGGCCCGGGCACCGGCCAGGCAGUCAAGCUGGAACUCAUGGAACUGGAGAACAUUGUGGCCAACACGGUCUACCUCAAAGCGCGAGAAGGACAAGCAGAUAGUAACAAGGGCAAGAGCAAGAAAUGGAGAAAGAUCCUGCAGUUCCCCCACAUCUCACAGUGCAUAGACCUCAAGACUAAGAUAGAUGUAAGGUACAACUACAUAGUAGACCAGCAGCCAAUCGGAAGGCUGCUCUUCCGUCAGUUCUGUGAAGAUGCCAAACCAGAAUAUCAUCGAUAUAAUAUAUUUCUCGACUCGAUCGAACACUAUGAGGUGGAAGCAGACGAAAACCGUGCUGAAGUGGCCAAAACCAUCUACGAGCGUUACCUGAGGAGAGAUGCUGAAGACGCGGUGGACGUGUUGAACGAAGAAAUGAUCGAAAAGUGCAAGGAGAGCAUGGCGAACGGCUGCAAAGAUUUGUUCGACGACUGCAUGAGUGCUGUAAAGUCUUUUCUGGCCAACGAACCUUUUAGGUUAUUCGAAGGAUCAAUGUUCUUCCAUCGGUACCUGCAGUGGAAGUGGUUGGAAAGUCAAACUGUUACAUACAAAACUUUCCGCAUGUACCGAGUGUUGGGCAAGGGAGGUUUCGGUGAAGUGUGCGCCUGUCAAGUGAGAUCAACGGGCAAGAUGUACGCAUGCAAGAAGCUGGAGAAGAAACGAAUCAAAAAGCGGCGUGGCGAGGCGAUGGUGCUCAUCGAAAAGCAGAUCCUGCAGAAAAUCAACUCGCGCUUCGUCGUCAGCUUGGCGUAUGCUUACGAGACCAAGGAUGCUCUCUGUCUGGUGCUCACCAUCAUGAACGGCGGUGACCUCAAGUUCCACAUCUACAACAUGGGUGGUGACCCAGGUUUUGACCUCAACAGAGCACGGUUUUACUCGGCUGAGGUUCUUUGUGGUUUGGAACAUCUGCACGCUGUGGGCAUUGUCUAUCGAGACUGCAAGCCGGAAAACAUUUUGCUGGACGACCACGGCCAUGUGAGGAUUUCAGAUCUGGGUUUGGCUGUUGAGAUUCCGGAAGGCGAAACGGUCAGAGGGAGAGUGGGCACAGUUGGCUACAUGGCUCCUGAGGUAAUCGACAAUGAGAAGUACACCUUCAGUCCAGACUGGUUCAGCUUUGGCUGUUUGAUUUACGAAAUGAUAGAAGGGCAGGCACCUUUCAGAGCUCGUAAAGAAAAGGUCAAAAGGGAAGAGGUGGACAGACGGGUGAAGGAGGACGUAGAAAAGUACUCUUCGAAAUUCAACGAGGAGGCCAAAAGUUUAUGCCAACAUCUUUUGAAAAAGCGAGUCAAAGAGCGCAUGGGUUGCCUGAGUGGUCGUCACGGUGCUCGAGAGGCGAAGCAGCACGAUUUCUUCAGGUGCCUAAACUGGAAGAGGCUAGAAGCCGGCAUAAUGGAACCUCCGUUUAGUCCAGAUCCCCACGCUGUUUACGCCAAGGAUGUGUUGGACAUCGAACAAUUUUCAACUGUGAAAGGUGUGAAUCUAGACGCAACCGACGACACUUUCUAUAGCAAAUUCAACACCGGCUCUGUGUCAAUACCGUGGCAAACGGAGAUGAUAGAGACAGAGUGCUAUAAGGAACUGAACGUUUUCGGCCCUAACAACACACCAACCCCAGAUCUGAUGAUUGACGCUGAACCCGAGCCUGAAAAGAAAAGUUGCUUUCCGUUUCGAAGAAAGAAGAAGCAGCAGUCCAGAACAAAGCCUAUUCCAGUGGCAAAGCAUUUGUACGAAGCUUGUCCAGCGGUUGUCACCGAGAUUGCAAGCUGAUGUGCUGACGAGAUGGACACAUUGCGCGCCACCAAUAAAUUCAUAGCAAAUUAAUUUACAAGGGCAGCUGUGACGUCAGAACAACAGCAACAACCAUCAUCCUCUGCACCUGUCCUGGUGCCGUUCAUACUCAAGAGGCUCCCGCUGAGUGAGAGCAACAAACACUCAUCUUGUAUGUACACUAACACAAAACUGGACCUGGCAUUCUUUUGUCACUUAAAGUUGGGGCUCGGCCCUCCUUCGUUUGUGAUUUUGCUAAACUUUUGCUUUUUCCCUUCGAAGCUCUGAUUUUCGUGUAGUUUUUUAAUUCGUACUAGCGGUUUUUGCUUGAGUGAGGCAACGGAGGAUUCAUUUUGUAUUUUUGGUCCUGUUAUGGUGAAUGAUAGAAAUCAAAUCAAAAGAAUUAGUGUCGAUAAAAGCACUAUUCAUGAAGCAGGAUCCGUCAAAAAGGUAGCAGUGUAGCGAAGCUUUUACUGCUUGUUUUGAGAAGACGUUUACAGAAUAUAUAUAUAUUCUAUUUUGGUGGAAUAGAAAUCAAACUAAAAGCAGCGGAUCAUGAGAGUACAACACUCGCGAGUUUUGCAUUUAAAAAGUAGCACAAAAACCAACCUUUUGCAUUUUUAUACAAGCAAAGCGAAAUUCACACACACACUCCGGGCAGGGAUUUUUUCACCUUUUCGAAUUUGUUUCUCAGCUUUCAUGCAUUUAUUGCCAGUCUUUUGAUAGGAACGGUGCUUUUAAUGUAUUCGCCAAAAAUCAAAUCCGGCACAAAAUUAGUUUGUAAAUAAAAAGUAUCAAUUUAAGAUUGGGUCCUUCCAACCUGAAGGUUGCGUCAACCUCGGAUAAAUCAAACGAGCUAAACUUUUUAAAGUAGAAAAAUAAUUUGGUUUAAUAGACUUGACUCAAAUCAGGGUGUAUGGCCAGGUUUGGCAACCUUCUCGCUGCCCUUGGACAAACCCCCACCAACCGUGCUAGUCCUUUCACCACCCUCCGAAAAAAAAAAACAGCCCCUCGAACGCUUCACCAAAGCCAACCUGGCCAGCAGGUGUUUUUAUUGCUGCAGGUGCUUUCUUUGUUAGGUAGAAAAUCACAUUAUCACAUCAGAGAAAUCCAUCAUUCCCGAGCUGGACAAAAUGAAAAUAGCAAAAUAACGGCUCUCUCACGCAUUACACGACACAAUUUAUAUGAUUUUAAGUGAUUAUUCUCAUGUACAUUGCUACGGAAUUGAAUAGAGAAAGAAAGGUAAAAAAAAAGAACUCUACGCGAGGAAAAAGAAGAAGAAUGAUUUAUAAUCAGUGUUUCUCAAGAUAUAGUGUGAUAUUAUAGGACUAGCAAAGACAUAUAAAACUAACACGGAAAUAUUUAUAAUCUGUAGUAGUGAGGAUGUGUUUGUUGGUUGAGUGUCGAAAAAAAUCGAUAGAACUUCUUCUGGUCAAGCAGCCGCACUUUGUAUGAAAAAAAAAUCGCAACUUCUCUUUUAACUCGAUAAUUUAUAUACGAAAUAAUAUCCAAUCUAUCUGUGUGCACUACUAAACGAUGAGUAUAAACGAUAGUGCUUCUGUGUUAAGGUGGAUGUGUAUAAAAAAAAACCUAAGCAAAGUCGGUGUGCCCAUUAAUUGAUGUGACUAACGAAAAAGAGCGGUUCGUAGGCUUUGUUCUUUGCCGAGAAAACUUACUUACAAACGCGUUCAUAUCUGACAAUUCUGGUUAAGGUCCUCUCCGAUGAAGCACAAUCUAGAUCUAAUCUAUUUAUAUACAUAAUAUGCUUAUAUAAUUGAAAAACACAAAAACCUCGGUUGCAUUUAACGAAAAAAAAAUAUACACACUCGAUGCUUCCAUGCUUUGCAUUU